AUGUCUUUCGAUUUGAAUCAUAAAUUUUGGGUGUCCACACGAAAGGAAAUUGGGCAACUAAUCAAAAAACAGAACCGCUUAAAGAAGAUAGAGCCUCCCCAGGAAAAAGCAGUAUCAUUUAAAAUUUUCGCAGAACUCUACGUUUUAUAUGUGGAGUUGGUAGAAAAGUUAGGUUUCAUUUACCACAAUACUUUCCAAGUCCAAAAGCGGGCCUUAGUUCGUGUUUUGGUAGAAAGUGCGACUCAGCAGCUGAUGAAACUCAAGGAGGAGUUAAAGGAUUUGGAAAUGAGCGAAUAUAUAUAUAUAGACAAAGCAUUGAUCGCCAGGAAGCUAACUCCCCGGGAUUUGGUCAUAUGGAGAUCGCCACAGUUUCUGUACCGCCGUCCACUUGAUAUACAAAAUAUCAUAGCCGACAAUCGGCUGUACAUGAACGAGGAGGAAAAGGAAGAGAAGGCGGCACAGGAUUGGGUUCCUAUCAGUGAGGCCGUGGAGCUCAUCCAAGCUCAUGAGCGGGCACGCCAGGCUCGGGUAUACAAGUCGAACAUAAAGUAUGACAAGAAGAAGUUCCUCAAGGUCCAUCAAAGAAAAAAAAUCAAUUAUAAAUUUACGUUUAAACCGGAUCAGACGAUGAGUAUUCCCGUUAAGAGAACUAUAUUUGCAGCUGAUUUCUUGAAACCUGAUGAAUCCUGUGAAAACUUGCGAAAAAAGGACGAUGUUGUGGAGACAGCAGAGGAUGAUGAAGAUUCCAUUAAUAGAAUACGAAAUAAUGCUGCUUGUAAAAUCCAAUGCUGGUGGCGAGGUUACAGAACACGGAAAGUAGUUAAAAUAAGGAAAAGGUUUAAGGAGGAAUUGUACGGUAUGAAGAAAAUAAGAAAACUGAAGCGACCAAACCAGAAUGCAAACUCAAUUAUGGAAAUGUACAAAAACGAAAUGCUAAAAAAAAAGCUAGAUGAAGACUUCAUUAACCUGAUUAAUGAUGAACGCACUAGGCUAUUGCAAGUCCGAAGCCCAUGGAUGAUGGAAGAUAUAUCCGACCACAUUCGGGAUUGGUUCAGGGAAUUUUACGAAAAGACGCAAAACUUUCAUCCGUAUCCUGAUCCUGUGAAAAAAGGCACGGUAUUAGUUGUAAUCGAUGAAACAAUGACUCCAAUGGAAUUUCAGCAGACGUUAGGUAAAAAGCCGAUGACAAAAGAAGAGAAAAAGAAACUUCGAGACAAGGAAAAAAAAGAAAAAAAGAAAAAGAAGGAAAAGCUUAAAUUAAUAAAAAUGAAGGAAGCCAAACGCCGAAAGAAACUGAGAGAUGCCGGAAUCAUAGAUAUUGGCUAUGAGCUAACUGCAAGCAAGCCUAUAGAAAGAAUCGAAGAAACAAUGAAGACAUAUGCUAAGGACUGGAGGAACGUUGAUGAAUAUCUUAACAAAAAUCAUGAUCCCAUAAAAGAGUGGGUGACAGAGGAUGAACUUGUAAAGAUACAUCAGGAAGUUAGAGGCCUAGUCGACGAAUACAUGAGGGUAGAGUACGAAUUGCUUCGGGAGGCUUUAGCAAAGGAUAAAAAUGAGAAAUAUAAAGCUCUGAAAGUAAAGUAUCCAAAAAAGAAGAAAAAUAAGAAGAAGAAAAAGCCAAAGGAUAUGACAGGCGAUAGAACUCUUGAGUCCUUGUACCACGAACUAAAGGAUGGAGGAAUAAUAGAGGAAGUUUCUCAUAAAGAUUUCGAUGAAUUUAUUGCGGACUUUAAUUUUGUGGCAGACGACACUAGGAAUGAAGAUGACUUGACAACAUUGGGUCCAGCCAAAGGGGAUAUUAAAAUGGUUAUUCAAGAGUCAAUGCUAGGAAUGGGCGAAUUUAAUAUUCCAAAACCGAAGUCUCUUUUACUUAUUGGACCGCUAAAUUCCGGAAAGAAAUUGUUGUGUCAAAUCAUUGCAUCAGAACUAGACGCAGUUUUUAUGAAUCUAAGUCCUGAGAAGACUUAUAAGUACGCCGAUGACUUGAAGUACUUUUUACAUGUUGUUGUAAAGGUGGCGCGGGAGUUUCAACCCACCAUAAUGUUUUUCGAUGAAGCUCAUCGAUUAUUUUGGAAGAAGAUACCCCCUGAGGCAGUAGAUAUAAAACCAAGACUUCUGGGAUCUUCCAUAGCCAGUAAAAUUUUGAAGCCUCUCAAGAAAAACGAUAAAAUUGUCCUCGUCGGCACAAGUUCUAUGCCCUGGGCGGCGAAGGCGGGCAUUAAAAAAGCGUUCCAAAAAGUUCUGCUAAUCCCGAAGUGCGAUUACGGCACUAGUUUCCUGCUUUGGCUAGAGCUUAUGACCGAAAACGCCCCGGAUGAUAUGCCGGAGUACGCAUACUCUGCACUGGCAAGAGUCUUGCAAGCUUAUAACUCCGGUGAUAUCAAUGACAACAUAAAUCAGACCUUAAGUAUCGACCGAAAAAUGCGCCUUAAAAAUGAGGCAUUGGACCCCAAUGAGUUCUUAGAAUAUUUUAUCAGCAAGAAUGAACCUCCAAUUUUUCCUCCAGAGGAGAAGCUGAUGGCAAAGUUCAACAAAUGGUUUGGCAAGUCAAACAAGCUGCAAAAAUUGAGAAAUAGUUAUAUGGCCCAAAAGUUGGCGAAAGCAAGCAAAAGAAAGUAGAGAGCGCAACUUUUUUCAGAAAUCGCUUUUACAAAAUUAAUAUACACUGUCAUAAUUUAAUAAUAUAAUAAGUAAUAAAUAAGUUAAUGUAAA